CAGGCAGGCAGGCUACAGCGUCUCAGUGACUAACCACUGACUCCCUGUAAUGCAGCACAACUGAUGAUCGGACACACUAGAGGCACCAUGGCUACUGGAUUGACAUCAGUGAUCUUGUUGCUGCUUCUCCUGUGUUGUUCGCAACUGACCAUAGGCAAAGAAGGAAAAUCCAAGGGAAAGAAAGGCAAGCAAGUUGUCUGCCCAUCCCAGUUGUCCGCAGAAGAUUUGGCCCAGGUUCCACCUAACUCCACCUCCAAUAUCUUGAACCGUCUGAUGGUCAGCUAUGACCCAAGAAUAAGGCCUAACUUUCAAGGUAUCCCAGUGGAGUCCAGGGUGAACAUCUUCAUUAACAGCUUUGGGUCUAUCCAGGAAACCACUAUGGACUACAGAGUGAACAUAUUUCUUCGUCAGAGAUGGAAUGACCCUCGUCUACGACUUCCUACUGACUUUAAGAGUGACGCACUGACUAUUGACCCCAACAUGUUCCAGUGUUUGUGGAAACCAGACCUUUUCUUUGCCAAUGAGAAAAAUGCCAACUUCCAUGAUGUCACACAGGACAACAUUCUGCUCUUCAUCUUUAGGAACGGAGAUGUCUUAAUCAGUAUGAGGCUGUCUGUGACCUUGUCUUGUCCCUUGGAUCUUCAACUUUUCCCGAUGGACACGCAGAAGUGUAAGAUGCAACUAGAGAGCUUUGGCUAUACCACCAGUGAUCUUGUGUUCAUGUGGCAGUCUGACCCAGUUCAGAUGGACGAGAUUGCUCUCCCCCAGUUUGACAUUAAACAAGAGGACAUAGUAUAUGGAAACUGCACAAAGUACUAUCAAGGAACAGGAUACUACACCUGCGUGGAAGUGAUUUUUACAUUACGUCGGCAGGUUGGUUUUUACUUGAUGGGAGUUUAUGCUCCAACUCUGUUGAUUGUCGUUUUGUCCUGGUUAUCAUUCUGGAUCAACCCUGAUGCCUCAGCUGCAAGGGUGCCAUUAGGUAUUUUAUCAGUACUCUCUCUGUCCAGUGAGAGUAUGCUCUUGGCGUCAGAGCUACCAAAGGUUUCCUAUGUAAAAGCCAUUGAUAUCUGGCUCAUUGCCUGUCUACUUUUUGGGUUUUCAUCACUGGUGGAAUACGCUGUGGUACAGGUGGCACUCAACAGUCCCAAACUGAUUGAAGAGGAGAAAGCCAAAAUGGCCACAAAGGAGAAAGCUUUGCAAGAGAAAGAAGGAAAAAAGCCUUCAAACAAAGCUAACAACACAGUGAAUGGGACUGGUGGAACACCCAUACAUGUCAACACUCUGCAGCAGGUGGUAGAAACUCGCUGUAAGAAAGUUUGCACCUCCAAAUCAGACCUUCGCUCCAAUGACUUCAGCAUCGUGGGAUCUUUACCUCGAGACUUUGAACUAUCCAACUUUGACUGUUAUGGUAAACCUGUUGAAGUGUCAGGGGCCCUUAAGUCCCAGAACAAAGCCAACAAGAAACCACCACCACCUAAGCCUGUCAUACCUGCUGCUGCCAAACGCAUUGACCUCUAUGCAAGAGCCCUAUUUCCCUUCUCCUUCCUCUUCUUCAAUGUCGUCUAUUGGUCUGUCUAUCUGUGAUGGGGGAGCAGGAGAGUAGGGUGAAAAAAAGUGGUUUGUAUCCUGUAGUCUGUUAUGAAUGAAACUAAACUGAAGCUACAAAUGACUGCAAAUUCAUAUACUGAACUAUAUACUAUAUUUAGCAUUUCAGAGCCACAUUUCAGAGCUGCUCCAGACCCUGUGAGAAAAUGUAAAUUACCACAACUGCAAAUCCUUACAGUCAUGGAAAAAAAUAUUAG